AGAGAGGAAAGGGUCUCAGUGAGCGUUAUCCUGCAGGACGCACGGGAGCUGGCCACCUACAGCCGCGCGCGGCGCACACACGGACUCGCGGAGCGCUCGCGUUGCGCUCGGAGCUGCGACUGCAGGACAGGAGAGUCUGCGGGCUGUUUGAAUGAGGAGCCGCCUGGACGGGCUUUGAUUCAGACUUGUGCUCUUUUGUUUUGGCAGAUUACGCGUCUGAACGCAGCGUGCUUUGACAGAAGCGCGUCAACAACCUGAACUGCUGUGCGCGCCUCCCGAUCACAGAGAUGAACUUUUAUUUUGUUGCUGGAUACCGCGCUGGAAGCGCUAUGCCUGGAAUGAUUUAGUGUCGUGGAAUACAAACACUUGGAACACAGUGGAUUUCUUCAGUGGAUGCUGUCCCGGAACUUUUGUAGAUGAAACGUCGCUUUAGCCUCACUGCGCGCAUUUAAAAGAUUUUCCAUUUCUUUCGUAGCAUCUGGACUGCAGAAUAAACUCCGACAAUGAGCGUGUACAGUGUGGCACUGUCCUGUUUAGUUGCGUGCGUGCUGUGCGUGCGCUGCAGCUCGGUGCCCGGGACAGAGACUCAGAGCUCACCCCAGGAGUCGUGCGCGUCCUGCGGCUUCAGGGCGCCGGAUCAGUCGGAGCGGAUGAACAUCGAUUUCUUGGAGGCGGUAAAGAGGCACAUACUGAACCGGCUACAGAUGAGAGAGAGACCCAACAUCACCCAUCCCAUCCCGAAGGCUGCGAUGGUGACGGCGCUGAGGAGGCUGCACGCCGGCAAAGUACGAGAGGACGGCCGGGUGGAGAUCCCCAGCUUCGACGGGCAGGCUGCCUUCAACAACGAGGUUCAGGCGGAGACAUCGGAGAUCAUCAGCUUCGCAGAAUCAGAUGAGCAAACACCCUCCAAAUCCAGCCUGUACUUCCUCAUCUCCAACGAGGGAAACCAGAACCUGUACGUGUCCCAGGCCAACAUGUGGCUGUAUUUCCGUGUGCUUCCAGGGGGUCCUGAGAAGGGCAUCCGGAGGAAGGUGACAGUCAAGAUCCACUACCAAGAGGCCAGGGCUGUGAGUGCUGCAGAGGGAAGCCCAGGAGGCGGUGGCGGCGGAGGAGGAACAGGCCGCUGGGUUCUGGUGGAGAAGCGGGUGGAUCUGAAGCGCAGCGGUUGGCAUACGUUCCCGCUCUCAGAGGCGGUGCGGGCUGUGUUUGGGAAGGGCAGCCGGAGGCAGGACCUGGAGAUCCACUGCGAGGGCUGUGAGACAGCUGGCGUGGCUCCCGUGCUGGUGGACCCCAGCGACCCAUCCCACCGGCCCUUCCUGGUGGUGCGCGCACGACAGCUGGAUGGAAAGCACCGUAUUAGAAAGCGAGGGCUCGACUGUGAUGGCACCAGCGGGGGCUUGUGCUGUCGGCAGCAGUUCUACAUAGACUUCCGGCUUAUUGGCUGGAACGACUGGAUCAUUGCACCAGCUGGUUAUUACGGUAACUACUGUGAGGGCAGCUGUCCGGCCUACAUGGCAGGCGUGCCGGGCUCGGCUUCAUCCUUCCACACCGCAGUGGUUAAUCAGUACCGCAUGCGGGGGAUGAGCCCGGGCUCAGUAAACUCCUGCUGCAUCCCGACCAAGCUCAGUACGAUGUCUUUGCUCUACUUUGACGAUGAAUACAACAUCAUCAAGAGGGACGUGCCCAACAUGAUCGUGGACGAGUGUGGCUGCGCCUGAGUCCACGCUGACCCGUCAUUAACUGAACUGUCAGGAAGGCCUUUUGUACAAACAGGAUGUUAUUGUACGGUACACAUAUAUAUCUAUACCUACUGUAUGUGCAAGCAACACACACUGGUACCAUCUAGCAAAAGCAAGUAUCACUGUUGUGUCCGCACGUGUUGGCGCAGGCGUGCAUAUUUAUCAGACUGAGGGACACGCUUGCCGCCUGUGUCAUGUCCGUUCGUUGGUCAGCGGCGGCACGAGAAGGGAACGAUUAUCACCAAAUGAUACUUUUCUCUAGUUUGCCAUUUCUAGUCAAAAAAUAAUGGCCCAUCAUCUCCUCGUGUAUGAAGAUUUUUUAAAAAAGCGCUUAAAGAAAGUGACAUGAUUGGCUUCACUGCACCCCCCCCCCAACCUCUGAAGUACUCUGAGCACAUUUUAAAAAGCACUGACAGUUCAUCAGCUCGUCCAGAUCAGAACACCAGCACUUCCCUGCUAUGCAGACGGACUCAGUCUGGCGGUCCUCUCUGGUGGAGUUAAACCGGCAGCGCUUAAUGCCUUGCAGGAUUACAGCCUUCACAGCAGCGCAGCAGCAAAACAAAGUCCUCCACAGAGCCCCCGCCACCGCCGGCGUCGUUGUGGCCGUCACUCUCGUGUUGACAGAGAGAAAACUGCUUCCUCCUUCCCGCUAAGGCUCAGCAGAAGCCACCCUGCAGACUCGGAGACUAGGUUUGGCCCAGUGGGUCACCACAGUGCAGUGCAGCACUUGCAGAAACUGAAAUGCACACCCUGAAUAGCACUUGUAUAAAUAAAUGCCUUCCAAGGGGUACUGAGUGUCCUGUCCUAUCGCUGAAUAAGUGCCACAUGAGCUAUGCAAUGUAUAGUAACCUAUACCCAUACUCAACAUGCUCUAUUAGACUGAAUCCUCUCUCUCUCUCCUCCUUCCUCUCUUCAGUCCUCAACUCUUUAUCAAUACUUGAAAUGUAAUCUUUCGCUUCCUUUCCAAAGCGAAUGAUUGUUGUGACGUUUGCACUGAAAAGUUGCGGAUUUAGCAAAACAAAAACUGCCAUUGAAAAGUUAUUUUUAUAGAAGAAAAUUUGAAUUUUGUUUCAGAUGUAUUUUACCUAAUUAAUGGAACCAAAGAGGCCAAGAUUUUAGCUGUAGUGCUCAGACGGCGAGGCCGUCGAGUCACUGUGUAUAAUACUGUUUGUGAUCAUGUGUAAAAGGCCUACCACUGCAUCAGGGUACCAUACAUGAUACUCCUUUCUUAGCUCUGUUUUCAUUCUGUUUUGUACAAUAAGCAACAUUUCAUUUUUCAUCUUUAAUUCUAUUUUUUUGUUCCAGUUUUCUAUUUAAUAAGAAAAGCUAUUUUUAGUUCCUGUCUGAGAAACAUUUAGUCCAGUAAAUGUCAUCUGUACAGUUUAUGUAAAAUAAAAUGUUUUCUUAAAUAUUUUGUAACUUUAACUUCUUUUCUGCAUCAUGUUUUAGUGUGGCUUUUUCUGCUAAUGAUAACAUUCAUAAUAUAUUGUAUUAUUAUUAUUAUUUUUAUUAUUAUUAUUAUUGUUCUUGUUGUUGCUGUUGUUGCAUGGUAAAUCUGCUGAGGAGCACUGGGGCCAGUCAUAAAGUAAAAUCUCAAAAAAUAAAGUCAAAAUGUCCAGAAAAAAGCUGAAAUGUGAGAAUAGAGUCAAAAUGAGAGAGGAGCUGUGAUAUGCUGGAUCAGAGUCAUUUAUUCAGAAACUUCAAAAUAAUAAAAGCUUCCAGUAGA